GUCUGGCUCACAGCUGCAGUCAGCAAGGAACAGGGGAGAAAGCAGAGAGGAGAGGAGUCUCCUCUAGUCUCUCUUUUCGCAAGAUGUUGAACAUUUACCAGUUGGUAAUGGCACACAAAACUUUUCUUACGAUUUUCCUAACUUUGAUGUUCACUGGAUGUGCACAGUCUCAAGAGCAGAGAGGAUUGUUUCCAGCAGUCUUCAAUCUUGCGUCUAAUGCCAUAAUUACAGCAAAUGCUACCUGUGGAGAGAAAGGAAAAGAGUUAUUUUGCAAGUUGGUAGAACAUGUUCCUGGACAACCAAUAAGAAAUUCCCAGUGUGCUCACUGCCACCAAAAUUGUGACAAACCACAAUGGUGUCAUCCAAUCAAUCAUGCAAUAAAUGGAAAAAUGUCCUGGUGGCAAAGUCCAAGCAUCAGCAGUGGAAUGCAAUACCACUACGUGACCAUUACACUAGACCUUCAUCAGGUCUUUCAGAUAGCUUAUGUCAUCAUCAAAGCUGCAAAUUCUCCACGUCCUGGUAACUGGAUUUUAGAACGUUCAUUGGACGGAUUCAAUUUUAAACCAUGGCAGUACUAUGCUAUAACUGACGGUGAAUGCCUGUCCCGAUACAACACAACCCCAAGUUCUGCUCAGCCGUCUUACACAAGGGAUGAUGAAGUCACAUGCACCUCUCAUUAUUCAAAGAUUCACCCACUUGAAAAUGGAGAGAUUCAUACAUCAAUAAUUAAUGGGAGACCAAGUGCUGAGGAUCCAACACCAACACUUCUUGAAUUUACUUCAGCUCGCUAUAUCCGUCUGAGAUUUCAAAGAAUUCGAACUCUGAAUGCUGAUUUAAUGACGCUGACUUACAAAGAUCCAAAAGAUAUUGAUCCUAUUGUAACCAGAAGGUAUUAUUAUUCCAUAAAAGAUAUUUCUAUUGGUGGUAUGUGCAUCUGCUAUGGUCAUGCAAGAUCAUGCCCUUUUAAUCCAGCAACUAAUAAAUCAUCUUGUAAAUGUGAACACAACACAUGUGGAGACAGCUGUGAGAGAUGCUGUCCUGGGUUCAACCAAAAACCUUGGCAAGCAGGAACUUUCCUUAUGAAACAGGAAUGUGAACCCUGUAAUUGUCACUUCAAGAGUGAAGAAUGCUAUUAUGAUCAGCAAGUGGCCAAAGAGAAACUCAGUUUGAACAUGAAUGGAGAAUAUAUUGGAGGAGGUGUAUGCAUCAACUGUUCCAGCAACACAGCUGGAAUUAAUUGCGAGACUUGCAUUGAUCGUUUAUAUCGGCCAAAAGGGGUGUCACCUACUCAUCCCAACCCCUGCAGACCAUGUGACUGUGAUCCAAUUGGCUCUUUACAUAAUGUUUGUGUUAAAGAUGAGAAACAAGCUGAAAGAGGUUUGCAAGCUGGUUCCUGCCACUGUAAACCUGGCUAUGCAGGAAUGAGGUGUGACCAGUGUGCUCGGGGUUACAUCGGCUAUCCAACAUGUGUAGAGUGUAACUGCAGCCUUAUAGGAAGCGCAAAUGACGAUCCAUGCAUUCUACCAUGUGUUUGCAAGGAUAAUGUGGAAGGAGAAAACUGUGACAGAUGCAAGAGUGGAUUCUUCAACCUUCGGCAAGACAAUCCUCAAGGCUGCGAUGAGUGCUAUUGCUCUGGAGUUUCAAAUACCUGUAUAGAUUCUCGUCUUACUUAUACAGAGGUUGCUGAUAUGAAUGAAUGGUACCUUACGGAUUUAUCUGGCUCCAUCAAAGGUUUACCAAGAAAGGACCAAUUUGAUGGACCACAGCAACUGAGCAUUAAAAAUGGGGAUGCAAGAGCUCAAGGACUACAGGACGUUUAUUAUUGGGCAGCACCUACCCCGUAUUUGCAUAAUAAAGUAACAGCAGUUGGAGGAAAACUGGCUUAUACAAUUUCCUAUGAUGCAACUGGAAGAGAUAACACAGUGGAGUCAACAAGACACCCAAAUAUCAUUUUUGAGGGUAGUGGCAUGCGUAUCAGAGCGGCACAGGAAGCUAUUCAUUUGCAGCCAUUUGAGGAGCACACUGAAAUGCUUGUGCUGCGUCCAGAAUUUUUUACUGUGUAUGGGACAGAAUUACCGGUCAGCAGAAGGAACUUUAUGAUGGUGAUGUCAAAUAUAAACAGACUUCUCAUUCGAGCAACAUAUAGCAGCGAAAUGGAAGCCACCUACAGACUCAGUUCCGUUACUCUCACAUUAGCUAGAGAAUAUUCAUCGGUCGGAGACCCUGCAUUUUCUGUAGAGAUCUGUCAGUGCCCUCCAGGAUACAGUGGAACGUCAUGUGAGCAAAAAGAUCAUUAUUAUACUCAUUUUACUCUUCUACCUGCAAGUAACCUUAAGUCCUGUUUACGAGGGCAUCGACGGGUUAAUGGCACACUCUACGGUGGAAUCUGUGAGCCAUGCCGUUGUUUUGGUCACGCCGACUCAUGCAACGAUAUCACUGGGCACUGUCUUGACUGUAAGCACAAUACAUAUGGCAGAUACUGUGACUACUGCCUCCCAGGUUUCUAUGGAAAUCCCACUAAUGGCACUUCUGAAGACUGUCUACCAUGCGCCUGUCCUCUGAACAUUGUUUCUAACAACUUCAGUCCAACAUGCCACUUGGAUAGAAAUCGUGGAUUAGUCUGUGACGCUUGCCCUCCUGGGUACUCAGGACUGCGCUGUGAGAGGUGUGCAGAAGGCUAUUAUGGCAACCCACAGGUUCCAGGAGAAACAUGUAAACCAUGUCAGUGCAAUAACAACCUUGACCUCUCAGUGCCUGAAUGCUGUGACAGCAAGACAGGAAUUUGCCUUAUUUGUAAACCUGGUAUAGCAGGGCAGUAUUGUGAUAAAUGUGGAGAUGGAUACUUUGGAGAUGCUCUGGGACCAAGUAGCUGUCAACCUUGCAACUGUAAUGUUAAUGGAUCCAUGUCUACAACAUGCAACAAGCUGACAGGACAGUGUGAGUGCAAGAAUAAUGUCGUGGGACGGCAGUGUGAUGAGUGCUUGCCAAACUGCUGGUGGGACUCUGAAAAGCAGGUAUGUUUGCCUUGUGGGUGUAGUGUCAGUGGCUCAAUGACACAGCGAUGUGACAUAACAGGCAGGUGUAUCUGUAAGCCAGAAUUUUUUGGAAAACGUUGUGAACUCAGAAGACAGACAUAUGAAAGGAGAGAUCCUCCUCGCUUAUCACAGAACAUCCAAGCGCCCCCCAGAAGAUGGGGUUAUCCUAGUUCCAGAGGUUGUCCCCGUGGUGCUUACAAACCUAUUUUGCCAGAAACAUUUGGCCUGCAAUAUGCACAGGGCUGUGUACCAUGUAACUGCAACUCUUUUGGUUCCAAAUCCUUUGAUUGUGAUCACAGUGGCCAAUGUCGCUGCCAGCCUGGAGUGACAGGAAGUAAAUGUGAUCGAUGUGCUCGUGGAUUUUAUGACUUCCAAGAAGGAGGCUGUACCCCCUGUGAAUGCCCUCAUGUUGGGAAUAAUUGUGAUGCAGACACUGGUCACUGUGUUUGUCCUCCUAACACUAUUGGAGAGCAGUGUGACAAAUGUGCACCAAAUCAUUGGGGUUACAGCAUCAUCACUGGAUGCAAGGCAUGUGACUGUGGUGGAUUAGGAUCGCUCAGUAUGCAAUGUAACCCUGAUACCGGCUGUUGCUUCUGUCGCCCAAACUUCACUGGAGAUAAAUGUAAUACAUGCAGGUUGGGAUAUCGGGAUUUUCCUAAAUGCAUUAACUGCAACUGCAUGUUGGCAGGAAGUGAGCCGCAGAGCUGUGACCAGGAGACGGAAAAAUGUUCUUGCACAGAUGAAACAGGACAAUGUCACUGUAAGCUUAAUGUGGAAGGCGUCCACUGCGACAGAUGCAAGCCCAGCACAUUUGGACUUCAUGUGGGGAAUCCACUUGGUUGCAGCAGCUGCUACUGCUUUGGCCUAACUUCCCAGUGCACUGAAGCAGAUGGACUGAUCCGUAUGUGGUUAACCCUGAAACCAGACCAAACAGUGCUUCCUCUGGUAGACUACACACAGCAACACAGAACCACAAAAGGGGUGACCUUCCAGCAUCCGGAAAUCAUUGCAAAGAUUGAUCAAGUAAAACAAGAUCUACCUUCUGAGCCCUUUUAUUGGAAACUUCCAGAACAAUUUGAAGGUAGAAAGUUGACAGCUUAUGGAGGCAAAUUGAAAUAUGCCAUUUACUUUGAAGCGCGUGAAGAAACUGGACCUUCAACCUAUGAGCCUCAAGUUAUUAUAAGAGGUGGCCCCUCCACCAAUCAUAGGAUCAUUGUGAAACAUAUGGCAGCUCCUCAGAUUGGACAGCUGACAAGACAUGACAUUGAGAUGACAGAGCAUGGCUGGAAGUAUCUAGGAUCUGUGGAUGGAGCACCCAUUAGUCGUGAAGAUUUCAUGGAUGUGUUAUAUGACAUUCAAUAUAUUUUAAUAAAGGCAUCUUAUGGAAGUGUAUUACGACAAAGCAGAAUUUCUGAAAUUUCUUUGGAAGUGGCAGAGGAAGGAACUUCUUUCACCAUGAGUCCACGAGCUUACUUGAUUGAGAAAUGUCAAUGCCCUGUGGGAUAUUCUGGUUUUUCAUGCGAGACAUGUUCCCCAGGAUUCUACAGAGUAUCUAAAGCAUCCCAGGGCAGAAGGCCGUAUCCAACAUUGGGAACCUGUGUGCCCUGUAAAUGCAAUGGACACAGUGAUUUGUGUGACCCAAGUACCUCAGUCUGUCAGGCAUGCAGACACAACACAGCAGGAGAUCACUGUGGGGUAUGUGCACCAGGAUUUUACGGCAUAGUUAAAGGUUCACCAGAUGACUGCCAGCCUUGUGCUUGCCCUCUCAAUAUUGCCACCAACAACUUCAGUCCUACAUGCAUCAUGCAAGGAGCGAAUGAUUACAAAUGUACAGCUUGUCCUCAAGGAUAUGAAGGCCAGUACUGUGAAAGGUGUGCUUCUGGUUUCACUGGUAACCCAGGAAUACCUGGAGGCUCCUGUCAGGAAUGUGAGUGCAAUCCUUAUGGCUCAUUGUCUUCAGUUUGUCACCCAACCACUGGCCAGUGUCCUUGUAGAGCUGAAGCAACAGGACUGGAGUGUGCUGGCUGCACUCUUCGGCAUGCACGGGAAGGCCCGUUGUGUGUGUUUUGUGAUGAUGAAUGUACAGGGCUCCUUCUUGAUGACUUGGAUCAGCUAAACCAGAUGGUCAUGAGCGUCAAUCUUUCUGGCCCGCUGCCUCCACCUUACAAAAUGCUGUUCAGUUUUGAAAAUGAGACACAGGAAUUAAAGCAUUUACUGUCACCUCAACGAGCCCCUGAAAGACUACUCCAGCUGGCACAGAAACACCAAGACACUCUUGUCAUAGAGAUAGAUGAGCUACUAAACAGGGCUGCUAAGGUGACUGCAGAUGGGGAACAAACUGGGAAAGAUGCAAACAGGACAAAUGAGAGGGCAAAACAACUGGAAGAUUUUGUAAAAGGGACUCUCCAAGCAUCAAAAGAAAUUCUCGAUAAAGCCAUCAAACUGAAUGAAACAUUGGGAAUUCAAAAUAAAACCCAGGAUAAAAGUUUUCAAGAUCUGCAAAAGGAGGUUGAAAAGAUGAUGACGGAACUUAGAAGAAGAAUGUUUAAUAACCAAAAGAAUGUAGCUGAAAAUGAGCUAAAAGCAGCAGAAUUUCUCCUGAAUAGAGUGAAAAAUCUUUUUCAAGAACUUCAUAACAAAAAUAAGGAACUUAAUAAUGAAGUGAAAGACAAGUUAGACCAAUUUAACAAUAAAAUUGAUGAUGCUUGGAAUCUGCUGAGAGAAGCACGGGGAAAAAUCAAAGAGUCUGACAAUCUAUCUGCUGUUAACCAGAAGAACAUGACAGAGUUGGAGGAAAAGAAGAAACUUGUUGAGAAAGUCAGAAAGGAAACAGAGCAAACCCUGAGUGAUGGAGAUGAUAUUAUGGAUGAAGUUAAUCACUUAGCCCAAGAAAUUAAUGGUGCUGAAGAUGAUUUGUCUGCUAUGGACAUAGAACUCACCCCUUUUGCUAAAGCACUAAAUGCAACAAUUAAUCACCUGACAGAAGAAAUUAAAAGCAAGGGGCUACCAGAGAGGGUCUUAGAGGCAGAAAUUCAUGCUGCCCAGCUCUCUGAGUCAUCAUCAAUCCUGGAUGGAAUCCUUGAAGAAGCAAAAAGCCUCUCAUUUAAUGCAACUGCGGCUUUCAGAGCAUACAGCAAUAUCAAGGAUUUAAUUGAUGAUGCAGAAGAUACGGCAAAAGAAGCAAAAGUCAAGGCCAAUGAAUCCAUGGCUCUGGUGUCUGGUCCCCAAGGGUCACUAAAAGAUGAAGCAAAGAGCUCUAUUCAAAAAAGCGUCCGAGUUCUUAAUGAGGGUAAAAAGCUGUCCGGGGAUGUAGAAGAAAACGAAAAUGAUCUUGAUGAAAUGAAGAACAGGUUGCAGAAUGCAGAUAAUAAAAAUCAACAUUUACUGAAAGCUUUGAAUGACACAGUAGGAAAACUGGGCGCUAUACCAAAUGAUACAAUGGCAAGGAUACAAAUGGCAAAGGACAAAGCCAAGCAGGCAAAUGAUACUGCCAAUGACGUCCUAGAACGUAUCAAGGACCUUAAUUUACAUCUGCUGGGACUCAAGCAAAACUAUAGUGCUCUGAAGGAGGAUGUAGCCAAAACCAACGCUGUUGUAAAAGAUCCAGUUGAAAAUAUAACAGAUGCAGAUGACAAAGUAAAAACCCUUGAAAAGGAGGCAGAUCGUUUAUUGGACAAGCUUAAACCUAUAAAGGAGUUGCAAGAAAAUCUUGGGAAAAAUAUCUCUCAGAUAAAGGAGCUGAUCAAUCAAGCACGCAAGCAAGCCAAUUCUAUCAAGGUAUCUGUGUCAUCUGGAGGAGACUGUAUUCGUACAUAUAAACCUGACAUUAAGAAGGGCAGAUACAAUACAAUUAUCCUAAAUGUAAAAACAGGAACACUAGACAAUCUACUCUUUUAUCUUGGAAGUAUCAAAUUUACUGACUUUUUAGCCAUCGAAAUGCGCAAUGGAAAAGUCAACUUUUUGUGGGAUGUAGGCUCAGGAGUUGGACGAGUUGAAUAUCCGGACUUGAACAUCAAUGAUCAAUACUGGUACAAGAUUGAAGCUUCACGAUCUGGUAUAAAUGGUACCAUUUCAGUACAAGCUUUGGAGGGUCCUAAAGCAAGUGUAGUGGCUGGUGUGUACAGCUCAGCUUCACUCCCUGGAUAUAGUAUUCUAGAUGUGGAUUCAAAUGCCAUGCUCUUUGUUGGCGGUCUUACUGAAAAACUAAAGAAGUCUGAUGCGGUGAAAACAACCACAUUCUCAGGCUGUAUGGGAGAAACAUUUCUGGACAGCAAGCCCAUUGGACUGUGGAAUUACAGAGAUAGGAAAGGAGACUGCAAAGGCUGCUCUGUCAGUCCGCAGGUUGCAGACAGUGAGGGUACUGUCCAGUUUGAUGGAGAAGGAUACGCCAUGGUUAGUCGUCCUGUUCGAUGGAAUCCCAAUAUCUCAACGAUAACAUUCAAGUUCAAAACCUUUUCCUCUAAUGCUCUCCUUAUAUAUCUGGCAACAAAUGAUUUGAAAGACUUCAUGAGUGUGGAGUUAAGUGAUGGUCGUAUAAAAGUUAGUUAUGAUUUGGGAUCAGGCACCUCAUUUAUAGUCAGCAAUAGGAACCAUAAUGAUGGGAAAUGGAAAUCCUUCACACUCUACAGAGUACAGAAACAAGCCAAUAUUUCAAUUGUGGAUAUUGCAACAAAUGAGGAAGACAAAAUAUCUACUACAUCUACUGGAAGUAACUUUGGCCUUAAUCUAAAGUCAGAUGAGAAGAUAUACUUUGGAGGCUUGCCCAUAUUGAGGAACUUGAGGCCAGAAGUGAAUUUAAAGAAAUAUGCUGGCUGCCUGAAAGAUAUUGAAAUUUCCCGAACACCUUACAAUUUAUUAAGCAGCUCUGACUACAUAGGAUUAACUAAAGGAUGUGCACUUGAGAAAAUAUAUUUAGUCAGUUUUGCAAAACCUGGAUUUGUGGAGCUGCCACCAGUGUCAUUGGAUGUUAGUACUGAGAUAACCUUAUCGUUCAGCACUAAAAAUGAAUCAGGAAUCAUACUUUUUGGAAAUGGUGGGAAUUUGACUCCUCCAAGAAGGAAGCGUCGACAGAGUGGACAGGCUUUCUAUGCCGUAAUUUUAAAUAAGGGUCGGCUGGAAGUUCACAUCUCAGGAGGUAAAGAGUUCAGAGAAUCCCGUCGAAUAACCAUCAAACCUGAGACAGGAGAAUUCUUUGAUGGCAAAGAACAUUCAAUUAGAAUUGAAAGAGCAAGAAAUGCAUUCACUGUGCAAGUGGAUGAGGAUAAAACGCAAACACUAAGAUUGCCGGCUAGUCAGAUCAUAAAUGUGAAAAAGCUCUUUGUAGGUGGCGCACCCCCUGAUACACAGUUUUCCCUAUUUAAGAACAUUGAUAUACCACCAUUUGAAGGAUGCAUAUGGAACCUUUUGAUUAAUUCUGUGCCAAUGGAUUUCGCUCAGCCUGUUUCAUUUGAGAAUGCUGAUAUAGGACAAUGUCCAACGCUCUUACCAGAUGGAAUCCACGAGGAGGAAGGAGACAGAGACAGAAAUGCAACACAAGAUUUAGUCUUACCUGAGCCUGGACUUGAGAGGCCAACUGCUUCAGCAAGAAUAACCCCAAUCCCACCUACUGAGCCUGACACCGCAGACGAGAAGAGCGCCAACAUUACUGAUGACUUCGAUGCCACAACGGGUGCUUGUGCUGCGGACACAGAACCAGUAACUUUACAAGGGGGGAUUCAGUUUGGUCUCUCCAGGAACAGCCACGCUGCAUUUGCUUUUGAUGACACUAAAGUAAAGAAUACACUCUCAAUUGAAUUUGAAGUGCGCACUGAGGCGGAAUCUGGCUUAUUAUUCUAUAUGGCGCGUAUAAAUCAUGCUGACUUUGCUACAGUGCAAAUAAAAGAAGGGAUGGCUCACUUUAGAUAUGAUCUUGGUAAUGGGGACACCAGUACAAUGAUUCCCCUGAAAGUUAACGAUGGACAGUGGCACAAGAUAAAUAUAUAUAGGAACAAGCAAAAAGGAUUCCUGUUUGUUGAUGGUAUUUCAAACAGCACUGUCAGCCCAAAGAAAGCAGACAUCCUGGAUGUGGUAGGAAUGCUUUAUGUUGGCGGACUGCCUAUUAAUUACACAACCAAAAGGAUAGGUCCGGUGCUACACAGUAUUAAUGGAUGCAUUCGGAAUUUCAGGAUGGUAGAGAGCAAAAUCAACCUGGAAAAUCCUUCUUCUAGUUAUAAUAUUGGUUCAUGCUUUGCCAAUCCACAGAAAGGAACAUACUUUCAUGGGACAGGAUUUGCAAAGACAGUUCAAACGUUUAAAGUAGGAACAGACCUAUUAGUAGAGCUGGAAUUCCGUACGACGCGCAAAAAUGGUGUUUUGCUCGGAAUCAGUAGUCAAAAAAUGGAUGGAUUAGGCAUUGAGCUUGUGGAUGGAAAGCUUCUGUUCCAUGCAGAUAAUGGUGCUGGUCGUGUCACAGCAGUUUAUGAGCCAGAACUUCCAGGAAACUUGUGUAAUGGACAGUGGCAUAAAGUAGUUGCAAAUAAGAUUAAGCACCGCUUAGAACUGGUGGUUGAUGGAAACAAAGUGGAAGCUGUAAGCCCAAAUUCUGCAUCCACAUCUGCAGACACAAAUGAUCCAGUUUUUGUAGGAGGCUAUCCUGAAGGACUGAAGCAGUUUGGCCUAACAACUAAUGUGAGCUUUAAGGGCUGCAUCAGAGAACUAAAACUUAGCAAAGGAACAGCGAAACCACUGGAUAUCAACUUCAGCAGAUCACUGGAGCUAAAAGAUGUGCAGCCAUUAACAUGCCCAGAAAAUUAACGGUUAACAUUUUGACAGUCAAUAGCAAUUUUCAUCAUAUAUACACAUUUUGAAAAAUAAAUACGUUGAAACUUGCUGUGUGAGCAAUAAACAUGCACAUUUAAGAAGGUGCUACAUCAUAUAUUUUGAUGUUGUUUAUUAAAUAACUUUGUCUCUAUAUGUAAAAUAAAAAAUAAGCAUUUCUAUAAAACAA